CAGAGUAUCUGUCAGGCAAGAGCUGCUGUGAUGGUUUAUGAUGAUGCCAAUAAGAAGUGGGUGCCAGCUGGUGGCUCAACUGGGUUCAGCAGAGUCCAUAUCUAUCACCACACAGGCAACAACACAUUCAGAGUGGUGGGCAGGAAGAUCCAGGACCAUCAGGUGGUGAUCAACUGCGCCAUCCCCAAAGGGCUGAAGUACAAUCAGGCGACGCAGACCUUCCACCAGUGGAGGGAUGCCAGGCAGGUGUACGGCCUUAACUUUGGCAGCAAGGAGGAUGCCAAUGUCUUCGCAAGUGCUAUGAUGCAUGCCUUAGAAGUGCUGAACUCACAGGAGGCAGGGCCAACAUUGCCUAGACAAAAUUCACAACUGCCUGCUCAAGUUCAAAAUGGCCCAUCCCAAGAAGAGUUGGAAAUCCAAAGAAGGCAACUGCAAGAACAGCAACGUCAGAAGGAGCUGGAGAGGGACAGGCUGGAGAGAGAAAGAAUGGAGAGGGAAAGACUGGAGAGAGAGAGGCUGGAGAGAGAGAGGCUGGAGAGAGAGAGGCUGGAGAGAGAGAGGCUGGAGCAGCUGGAACGGGAGCGGCUGGAGCAGCUGGAGCAGCGGGAGCAGCUGGAAUGGGAGCGCAGAGUGUCGAGUGCCGCCACCCCUGCCUCUGUGGAGACCCCUGUAAACUCUGAGCUGGGAGACCCCUCUGCUGCAGAGCCAGGCUUGCAGGCAGCCUCUCAGCCGGCCGAGGCUCCAGCCCCGCAGGGUGUUAUUUUGGGACCACCUGCACCUCCACCUCCUCCACCACUCCCACCAGGUCCAGCCCAGGCCUCUGGACUCCCUCCUCCCCCAGGACCGCCUCCUCCACCCCCACUGCCAUCCUCUGGCCCUCCUCCCCCUCCACCCCCACCCCCUCUUCCUAAUCAAGCCCCUCCCCCUCCUGUACCACCUCCUGCCCCUCCCCUUCCUGCAUCUGGAUUUUUUUCGGGAUCCUUAUCAGAAGACAAUCGUCCUUUAACUGGACUUGCAGCUGCGAUUGCUGGAGCCAAGCUUAGGAAAGUGUCACGGGUGGAAGAUGCCUCUUUGCCGGGCGGAGGGACAGCCACUGGUGUGAACCCCGCCUCAGCUAAAACAGACUUGGGUCGUGGGAAUGGACCCGUUCCCUUGGCAGGUAGCGGCUUAAUGGAGGAAAUGAGCGCGCUGCUGGCCAGGAGGAGAAGAAUUGCUGAAAAGGGAUCAACAAUAGAAGCAGAAAAUGAAGAGUCAGAACCUGUAACUUCUAAGGUCUCAUCAACAAGUACACCUGAACCAACCAGGAAACCUUGGGAAAGAACAAAUGCAAUGAACGGCAGCAAGUCACCCGUCAUCUCCAGACCUAAGUCCACACCCUUGUCCCAGCCCAGUGCCAACGGGGUCCAGACGGAAAGCCUUGACUGCGACAGACUGAAGCAGGUGCGCGGAGGGCAGAGCUUCCGGCCCUGCCGACCACGAGGCUGCUCUCAACAGGAAGCUGCGGAGCCGGGGCGGGGCGGGCAGUCCGGCGCCCUGACCCCGGGGAGCCCCCCGACCCCACCCCAGCACGCGCACCGGGCCGACCUGACCGCGGGGCGGGCACACCUGGCGGGCACAGCCCGGGCUCUGGCCCGAGGGGCCCCAGGCAAGGCUCCAGGGCCCUUGGGCGCAAGUCUGACCGGCCCGUGGAGCCUCUGGGGGAGCCCCUGA